AUGGACGAGUUUAUAAUAAUAAGAAUUCAUCAUAAUAGUGAAUUUGUUUAUGGUGAUCUUAUAGUGUAUGAAGGAGGGAAAGUUAAUGAGCUGAAAGUAGAUGUGGACAGAUGGAGUUACUUUGAGUUGAUAGGUACACUGAAGGACUUAGGUUAUAGGGAUUUUGAGAAAAUCUAUUACAAUGACCCGACAUUUGGGAUGAAUUCAUUGAAUGAUGAUGCAGGAGCAUUAGAAAUAGCUAAUCUUUACAGGGUACACCUAGGUGUAAACAUUUACAUUCAACACAAACUUAAUCAGACUGAUUACUAUGAUGGGCCUAUAGAAGCAGAAUUAGGAAAUGGUGACAAUGUUAAUGAGGAACCUAAUGUAGUUGAAGAAUUGCUUUCUAAAUUGUAUGAAGAAGCAGUCAAUGAAAAUGGUAAGUUCAAAGAAGCUGAAAAUGUUGGUUUGGAUGGGCCUAUAGAAGCAGAAUUGGAUGCUUAA